CCUGUUCCGUCUUUCCUUCUCCAUGUUAUAAAAAUUGUUUGACUCGAUUUCUCACAUCUUUCCGAGGCACCGUACCGCCAUGUUGGACGAAGAUGAGAAACAGUGCAAACUCACUCAAGAAAGGUCUUCGACGACGUCCAGCAGCCUAAGCUGGCAGAAUCGAUUGCUUCUUUGGGGUGUGGAAGCUCGAGGAAUAAAACCGGUUACCCUCGAGGUAACACUACUCGCACAAUCAUCCGCGACCCUCCUCACUGCUCCCCAGGACCGGACAGACACCCAGUACUCGAAGAUAUUCUUCAUUUGGUUUUCGGCUAGUACCAAUCUGCUACCGUUCUCGACAGGAUCUCUCGGUCCUAUCGCGUACGGGCUUAGUCUACGAGACUCAUGCCUUGUAAUCUUGUUCUUCAAUCUCCUCUGUUGUUUACCAGCAGGCUAUCUCUCGACCUGGGGACCUCGCUUGGGGUUGCGGCAGAUGGUCCAAGCGCGAUUCAGUUUUGGAUAUUUUGGCGUGAUGGCCCCAGUGCUCCUCAAUCUCAUCAACAUGACGGGUUUCUGCAUAUUAGAUUGCAUUCUCGGUGGGCAGACGCUGGCUGCCGUAGCAAACGGCAAUCUCAGCUGGAGUGUCGGAAUCGUCAUUAUUGCCGCCGUUUCGCUUCUGCUGUCGUUUUGUGGGUGGAAGAUUCUGCACCGAUACGAGCGUUUCGCCUGGAUCCCUGUCGUCAUCAUCUUUCUGAUCGUCGUGGGCAUCGGCGGGAAACACUUCAGAGACAUACCUGAAGCUGAACCGGCCACUGUGCAGACGAUAUUGUCCUUUGCCGCUGUUAUCGCGGGUUUUGUAUUAACAUGGUCUCCCCUCUCCUCGGAUUUCAGCUGUUAUAUGCCACCGGAGGCACCCAAGACUCUUGUAUUCAUGUAUUCCUAUUUUGGCCUUUUGCUGCCGACUGUCGCACUGCAAAGUCUGGGCGCUUUGAUCGGCGCCUGUGUCGUGAAUGUUCCUGCAUGGGAGGCAGGAUACGAGGCGGAUAAUGUCGGUGGGAUGCUUGAUGCUGUAUUGAGUCCCGCGGGAGGAUUUGGGAAAUUCCUGACUGUCUUGCUUGCCCUAUCUGUCAUGGGCAAUGUUGCUGCGACAUUCUACUGCAUCUCCCUGAAUAUCCAGACCCUCGUCCCAGCGCUCAUGUCUGUGCCACGUUAUGUAUUCUCGGUGCUGAUCACGGCCAUAGUCAUCCCACUCUCGAUUGUCGGAGCCCACAGUUUCUACUCGACUUUGAGCAACUUCCUUGGGCUGAUCGGCUACUGGGCCAGCGUCUUCAUCGUCAUAAUACUCGAGGAGCACUUCAUAUUCCGCAAAGGAGAUCUAUCGCGCUAUGAUGUGUCUGAGUGGAAUCGGCCCAGCGAGCUCCCCAGCGGUAUUGCCGCUCUUCUCGCUGGAGCUUGCGGGAUCGGAGUCGCCAUUCCGGCCAUGGCCCAGGUUUGGUAUACCGGUCCAAUUGCACGGGUGACCGGGGACAUUGGCUUUGAGCUUGCUUUUGUGGUCACUACUGUCGUGUAUCCAGCUCUCCGUCUGCUCGAGAUACGCUGGCGCGGAAAAGUGUAGCAUUUGUCUCAAUUACACCGUUUUUAAUGUAGCACAAGCAAUCUCACAGUAUAGCAGGAACAGAAGAUGAACGCGCCCGCAGAUGUAUCAAUUACAAUUUCUAAAAAAGGAAUGUGAUCGGACUCGCGAGUCACGUGUGAAGCGUGUUGUAAGAGCGCACGGUGCGUCGUGCUUUUCUCUUGCUCGCCACCGCGCCGUUUGCUUCGCAUCCUUACUUUGCUUCCGUUCCUGAACAAAGUGGCUCGCGACGUGAAGUCAUGUCUACGCCUUCCCUGCUUCAUUCAUGUUCAUCAACCUACGCUUCCGCUGACCCGGACACUCAGCUCGAAGCUGAUAUUGCGGACGAGCAGCAUCAUGAUACGACUUACGACGAAAACGACCUCCCGCCCCGUCCGAAUAGUCGGCUCGGUUUCAACGGCGAGACAUCGAAAGACACCGCGACUGAGGAGCAGCCUCACUCGCGCCCACGGUCCGGCACGUUCCAGUGGACGAAGGGUAUAUUCAAAAGAAUUGGAAUCCUCUCUGGUGGUCCCUGCGAGGCCGAAGUCGACAUGGACAUCACCGCGCUGAGUGCACCGACGUCGCCUGAAGAGCAGAUGUACAGAAACGGCGAAUACGAUGACGAUGACAUUGACCCUCUCAUGCUUCCUGCACUACCGUCGCUGUCCUCUGUCUCAUCCACAUCUUCACUUGUCGAAAUGGACGUGUACUCGACGGAGUACGACGUCGAAUCAGACGACUCCUUGGACCAAAUCGAGUAUGAGUUGGAAAUACUCGCUGAGGCUUCAUCUGCUCUUUCCGACGUGACCAUUGAGCAAUGCGCUCCUGCUCUCAGUCUAGCCCCAUCGUUGCCUCCAUUGGAGCCUCUGCCGCCCAUCACUAUCCCCGAUUGCGAACCGUCGGCGUUCACACCACAGCCUCCAGCUCCUCUCAGACGAUCCAAAUUCUCCUGCUUGCCCUCGCCUCUUUCCCCCAAUGAAGAUGAACGGUCCAUACAAGUGCGGCCGCUACGGCAUGCAUAUGGUCACCAUGGUCGAUCGCGACAUUCACUUCUCCACCUCAAAUACCUCUGGUCGCUACGCGAAGACCAAUGGGAGCGGCACCUUACCCGGUUAUGCGACCGCGGGAUCUCGGUGCUUGAUCCCAGGGCCAGGGUUCCUCCUCGUUCAGUGCGCCUGCCGACGCUGAUGGUCCCUCCGGUGCCGCCCAUGACGAUCCACCCACGGCGUGGCGAGCUGUCUGCGCUGCGAGACCCGUACUGUGCGCACAUGGAUCGGUGUUUUGUGAACUUUCCAGCGUGGACGAUGGCGAAGACGCUAUGGAUGUAUGAUGUGCACGUCUUGGCGAGUCACCAGAGACGACUAUCCUCUCCGUUCGAGACUGCGGAUGAUAGUGACGACAGCGAGGGCGAGUCUAUGGCUGAAUCUAUGUCAUCGGCUGGAUUCAGCGACGACUCGGACCAUACCCUGGUUGAUGGCGAGGACAGCAUCGGGUCGCUGGUGGAGAUUGAUCUUGACGGCGACAAGAUCCCUAUGUCUUCCACACCGCCAUCAAGUUCGGUGAUGUUGGCCCAGCGGGGCAAGCCUCAUGAGCAGCCGGGCCCUCGAUGGGAGACGUCCUGGUACAAACGCUGGGAGGUGCUGAUCGAGUUGAUGAGAUUGGACGCCACGAAAGGAGGACAAGCGCCUCCUCCCUGCCGACCUGUUCGGUCACCUCACUUCUUCAUUGAGGACGACGAUGAAAAUGACGAUACUUGGGACGAAGAAAACUGGGACGAAAUGCUGCGUGAUGUCACGUCUCCUGCGGAGCUUUCGCUCUGAUCCCAGUUGGGUUUGCCUGGAUUCUAGUCUGCUGAAUGACCCAUCCCACACUUGUAUUACCACCAACAUUGCCGUCAGCAUUCUCUCGCAUCAUUAGGAACCAUCCCUCCUCGAUUUGUUUGGCCGUAAUGUAGACUACUGUACACAUCCAUAUCCUUAACUCACUCAUUAGUAUUUCGUUCGUAGGGUACAUACUGGCUCUGUGUUGUAUCUGUACCUGGACCGGAUGUCGGUCCGCAAUUCCGCGGACUUGUUCCAGACAAACCUUGAUAGGAUGUUUG